AUGGAGAUGGUGAGGUGCAACGAAAUCCGGAGGCAGCUGAUGGAUCUACCCACGGAUUUGCUGGUGGACAUCCUUUUGAGGCUGCCGGUAGAAUCGUUGCGUUAUUGCAUCCGACGUGUGUGCAAGACCUUGUUAAACACGGUUGACAGCCGCUCUUUCAUUAGGCAACACACACUUUCACUCAUUGCAGGCAACAACCAUGUUGUUUGUCGAGUACCUCAACUUAUGUGCCUUUUAGAAGAAACUCCUCUCGAUGAAGAAGAGAUAAUCAUUACUACUUUUGUGACCUUGCAAUCACUGAGAUAUGAUGGUGGCACCGCCUUGACAAAAGGCGAAUUCACAUUUACUCAUUCGACAUCAAGCCCUUAUCAGCCAAGGUACAUGAUACAUUUUGUUUUCUACAACUUGUUAUGCAUGGAGGCAGAUGAACAUUGCUUGUUGAUCAAUCCUCUUCUCAAACAAGUUCUAACUCUCCCAACCGAUAACAUUCGACAACUUGAUAUGACAAAAUAUGGUCCGAAUUGUCAUGUAUCCCUUCGGUUCUAUGGUAUGGGAUUUGAUGAUAUAACCAACACCUACAAAAUUGUUCGCGUUUCCAGGAUUUGGCAUAAGGAAGAUUAUCUUGAGACCCUCGGCAUGUUAGCUCAUAUUCUUGUGUUGGGCACCAACUCCUGGAGAGAAAUACCAUCGGUCCCUCCCUGUAUGGGAUUAAUUUACACGUAUAAUCUUUGUGCAUACGGAGAUAUGCAUUGGCUGAUGUUAAGAGGAAGAGAUGGAGGUGUCCGUAUACUUUCUUUUGACUUCAAAAGAGAAGAGUUUCAUUGGACUCCUGCUCCCACAUUGCGAAGCUCGAACAAGAACUCCAUCUUGCACAUGCUUAGUUUAAGAGGAUCCAUGGCCAUUGUGGAGACGUUCCCAUUGGGAGAAGGAGCUAUCAAGGUUGAGAUAUGGGUGAUGAAAGAUUAUACAAAGAAAGAGUGGGCGAGGGAAUACAGCAUGAAUGUCGACGUGCGUCCUAAGUAUGGGUUGAAGUAUGCGACUUGUGGUGAAUGGGAGCAUGGCAUAUUUUUCAAUGAUCAUAACAUGAUGUGUUUCAAGUCUGAGGGUACUACUAGAUUGUUUUUGGAUCUUUGA